GCGACGUUUGUUUGUAACAGCGCACCUUAGCCGGUGGUGUUAUGUUGUUAUUGUUUAUGAAACUGAUUGGUUUGAUUUUGGUUAAAAACUGGUUUGAUAGAGCUGGUGAGAAGCUUUAACUGCAGAAUGAUGGCUGUAGGAUGGGGAAACUGCUCUGGCUUUGAGGAACUCACAUGUCAUCAGACUCAACUUGACAUUUCCGCUUGAGUAAAGUUGUAGUUUGCUGUGAAGCUUGAAAUCUAACCCUGUGACUACAGUGUUUAUUGUGAAUCUGAGCUGUUGUAGAGGAGUAGAGAUGCUGAACCUGCCGUCACAGUCGUUCCCUGCUGUGAGCUCUCAGCAGAGAGUCGCUUCCUCAGGACAGCCCAGGAACAAGGUGGCACUAAAGCCAGGUCAUAGUCUUAUGGACUGGAUUCGGCUCACUAAAAGUGGCCGAGAUUUGACUGGACUCAAGGGGAGAUUGAUCGAGGUGACAGAAGAGGAACUAAAGAAACACAACACAAGAGAUGACUGUUGGACAUGUAUAAGAGGAAUGGUAUAUAAUGUGAGUGCAUACAUGGAUUUUCACCCUGGUGGGGAGGAGGAGCUGAUGAAGGCAGCUGGUAUUGAUGGCACUGACCUGUUUGACCAGGUCCACCGUUGGGUGAAUUAUGAGUCCAUGUUGAAAGAGUGCCUGGUGGGCAGAAUGGUGGUAAAGGCCAGUACAGCAAUUAAAGCACUGCAACAGAAAGCUGAGAACACACACCUGAAUGGUCUUGGACCUCCUGCUUCUUUGGUGUUGGAUUCAGCAGCUGCUCAAGCGCCGAAAGACAACCGCCCCCGAUAUGACUGGUUCCAGACAGAGGAAACCGUUAAUAUUGUUAUUUACACCAAGCGUAAGAUUCCGAGAUCUGGUUGUACAGUCGUGGACCUAAAAGGAAACAUGCUGCGGAUAGAGGUGCUCUUAGGACACUGGUCAUAUCUUCUUCACUGGAGUCUUUCUUAUGAAGUAGAAGAAAAUGUUAAUGUUCAGGCAGUAAGUUCGGUCGGGAAGGUCGAGGUGUUCCUGUACAAAGUGCUCAAAGCCAAGUGGACACAAGUGGGUCAACCCCUAGAAUCCCAUGACUCAUUUAUUCAGAGUAAACACCGGGGACUGUUCUACAGAGACUGUAUAUUGGUUUCAAAGAAAGAAGUUACACAUGACACGCAGCUCUUCUGUUUCCGGUUACCUCCUGGAGCACAUAUGCACGUCCCUGUGGGGAGACAUGUCUACCUCAAAGCUUCCUUUCAGGGCAGUGAAGUAGCAAAGCCCUACACACCAGUAGACCACAUCCUCAUGCCCCAGAGUCAAUCUAGCAACACUCUGAGCUCUGAAGUCUAUCUGAUGAUUAAGGUCUAUCCUGAUGGAGUGUUCACACAAUAUUUAGACAACCUUGACAUCGGAGCCUCUGUGUCCAUGAGUGGCCCAGAGGGUCCCUUUACAGUCAGGAGUCUGCGUGAUGUCACUCAUUUAUACCUCUUAGCUGCUGGCACUGGAUUCACACCCAUGGCUCGCCUCCUCUGCCUCGUCUUACAGGACCUGCCUUCUGUCAGGAAGACCAAGCUGAUGUUCUUCAAUCGGCAAGAGAAAGACAUCCUGUGGUAUUCUCAGCUGGAGCAGCUGUGUGCAGAGGAAGAGAGAUUUCAGGUUGAAUACGUUCUUUCAGAGCCUGUGGGCUCAUGGACAGGUAAAAAUGGACGAAUUGAUGCCACAAUGCUGCAGGCAUUCCUGGAAAGAUCCAGAGACUCCAAGUGCUUUGUGUGUGUGUGUGGGCCAACUGGUUUCACUGAGCUGGCAGUGCAGCUGGUCAAGCAGCAGGGAUUCAGUGAAAAGGAGAUUCAUGCUUUUAAGAGUUGAAGUACUAAGAGUCCCUAAGAGUUAGUACUAAAGAUUUCUAUGCAUCACACACUGCAGAGGCAUUUAGUAAACUCCCGAUGAGAGAUUUGAGGUUGGAAUUCAGCAAUGCUCAAAUACCAGUUCUCCUGUACAAUCGUCUGGAAAUCCUAUGCACAUACUUCAUCUACGCAUGUUAUGCUUUCGGGUCAUACUUCUGUCAUGGGCCGCUCUACUUUCAUCUGUAAAUUCUUGAAGGAAUUUUCCAUCGACAGUUGUGAGAUAUGUCACUUCCGAUUUUUGUCAAUUUAAAUUUUUUGUUAUAUGGAAUGAUCAUUUUGUUUUGACAAAAUUUAGAUGUCACUCCAUCAGCUCAUGUGGUCGCUAAAUGCAGACGUAAAUGAGUUUAAAACGUUCUGUUAAAAUGCCAGAUUCACUUGAAAGGUUAACUGUGCAGAUUCACAAACUGUGAGCUGAAAUGAAACUAAAGUGAUCAUUUCCAUAAAUAUAUUUUUUUUUAUUAUUUUAACUUAAACACGUCAUUAUACCAGAAAAGGCCUAACUGUUAACCCAGAUCUUGGGUGUGAAAGUGGUUUCAGAGAUGCAGGGAUGUUUGUUAGAUUAUUAAGUUUUAAUUGCAGCUAGCACUUACACACUGGAAAAGUGGAACCACUAAAGCAGAGACUAGUAAUGCUGUAGCUUUUUGUCUUUUUUUUCUUUUGUUGUGUAGAGGACAGACCCAGGCUUGUCUUGCUCGUCUUACCCGAGUCUCCAGAUUAGUCCAUGUCAAGUGAGCCAGUAUUUACAUUAUAAGACAAAGGGAUAGGGGGUUCUGUCUGAUUUAGCAAGACGCAAUAAGUGUGGAAUUGUAAACAAAAUGAAUAAAAUGUACAAAAUAUCAUAAUAAAGUAAUACAU